AUGAGUUCCCCUGUCUUAGCUGCUGCUGCAUCUCCUGCUGCAGCAGGAGCAACAGGAGCAGCACAAUUAGCAGCAGCAGCAACAACAACAACAGGAGGAGGAGGAGCAGCAGCAGCAGCAACAACAGCAACAGCAGCAACAGCAGCAGGAGUAUCAUCAUUAAGAAGAGAGGAUGUAUAUAAUAUAUCAUCAUGUGUAUUACCAUCUGUUGCUGCUGCUGGUGCUGCAUCAACAGCAACAGCAGCAGGAGCAGCAGCAGCAGCAGCAGGAAAAGAAGAAGAAAUAAGUAAAUCAUUAAAUAAUAUAUUAAUAAAUAUAAAUAAUAAGUUUGCUGCUAUUAGCAGCAACAUAUUAGAUAAAUUAGAUGAUAUAGGUAAUAAACUUAAUGAUCUAGAGGUACAUCUUGCUGCACUUAUUCAUGAUCAGCAGCAAGAAGAGCAGCAACAACAAGAAGCAGCAGCAGCAGCAGCAGCAGCAGCUAAUGCUAAUGCUAAUGCUGCUAAUGCUGCUGCUAAUGCUGCUGCUGUAACAAAUCCUGCAGCAACAGCAGCAACAGCAACAGAAUUGUAA